AUGACCAAGCACAUCAUGCUGGAAAAUGGACGUUGCGGACGCAACCAUUGCGUCAAGUUGCAGCCCAGUGCAGUGGAUAGGACCAGUCGAAGCUCGACUGUGCAGCGCCGCCUGCGCAAGAUGAGCGAGCACUUCCAGCCGUCGAGCUUUAGCUUUACGGUGCAAGCGCGUUUGCUCUGCGUGGGCACGUCUGUCGUCUACCGAGUCUCUCUUUCAUUGUCCAUCACGAGCACUUGCAAAGCGGACACAAUGAGCGGCGUGACGACAAGAGACGACGGCUACACGACCCAAUCGUCGUGGGUUAUUGCAAUGAGCCAGACCAAGUUCUGUGGCUUUUACGCCCACGUCCAGGCUAUCUUGCGCGAUCCCGUCGUGACCCAAUGCCUCCUGCUUCGCCAAAAGCAGUUGGUGCAAGUGGGAACUGCAGCUCAAAGCGUCGAGUGGAAACCCUUUGAAACGUUCCUCCAAGUGGUGGCGACCAUUUGCCAGCACUAUGAACAUUUACAGGUUGCUGCCUUUGCUAUUCAAGCAACUGCUAGUACCAUGCAUGCAAGAAAAAUCGAGCUGGAAGCUUUUCUGUUGGAUUGCUGGAGAGCGCUUGAAGCGGUCAUCCCCGUGCUUGUGGUUCAUCCGUUUCUACACGCGUCACUGGGAAACGAGGCGCGGUGCGUGUACCUCUUGAUACGUGACUUGUUCUCGCUCCCGGAAAACGUGCUGGAUGCCAAUUGCACGUACGCGAACGCGAUCCUCAGCCUCAACGACGUCGACGGAUGCCAGUCGAUGCACCACGAGCAGUCGUGCAGUAUUUGCCUCGACUUGCUGGUGUCGAGCGCUCCAGCCCGACCCUUUGAUCGACGUGCCAGCCAUUGCGACGACAGCAACAGCAGCAGUGAUAGCAUAACCGAUAGUGACAAUUCUAGCGAUGACGGAGUUGCCGACGUGCCAACUGUUGUUUCCCACUCCACUUCCUUCUCCGUGAAGUUGCCGUGCGGCCACGUCUACCACGAAAACUGCGCCAUGUCGUGGCUGCGGCACAACCCAAGCUGCCCCGAGUGCCGAGCACCUGUUGGGGCGAACUUGUAA